AUGUCUGACAACAAGGAAAGGGAUGAUUUAACGCCUCAAGGGGAAGGGCCUAUAAAGGUGUCCUACAUUUUCCCAAAUGGGGACAGAUAUGAGGGGGAGUGCAGCAGGUGUGCCUCAGGGGUGAUGAUGAGGAGUGGGGCUGGUAAACACACCUCAGCAGGUGGUGUCAUAUAUACUGGAGAGUGGCUUGAAGACAAGAUGCAUGGCAGAGGGACCCUGCAGCAUCCCUCUGGAGCACUAUAUGAAGGAGAAUUCAAAGACAACAUGUACCACGGCGCAGGAACAUACACCUUCCCAGACUGCUCUACUUACAAAGGUCACUUUCAUGAGAACAGGUUGGAAGGGGAAGGUGCGUUCACUAACACACAGGGACUGGUUUGGACGGGGGAGUUCCAUGGCAAAGCAGCCCUGGGCCUGAAAAUGCAGCAUUAA